AGCUGAAAUUUUCAUAAAACGAUUUGCCAAAUCAGGUCAAUUAUUUUCAUGCUCGAAAUUUCAGAAUAACAUUGUGUAACUAAACAGAUAAAGUCCGUGUGUUUAUCUUGGGUUUAAUUUCGAGCUUAUGCUUGGUUUUGUACAAAUCAGAUAUAAAAAGUAAAAGAGUAAAAUACGAUUAUAUCGAUGAAUUGAUGUGACCAAAUUAAAAUGAAACUCAGGAUCAUACUUGUAGUGAGCGUUCUCUUUGCAGAAACUGAUGCAAGUUGUGGUGGAUGGCGUUCCUGUAGCAGUUCGUGUGGCGGAGGGCAGCACGACAGGACCUGUGAUAGUGGACUGUUCGGCUGGGGCUCGGAAACCCAGUCCGAGGCUUGCAACGAGUUCUGUUACAAUGGCGGUUACUACAGCUACUCCAGGUGCUCAUGCCAUCCUUGGCGAAGCGGAAGUUGUUGUGAAUAUUGCAGCCAUAUCUACAUUGCCCAUUGCGUGGCCGGGCGUCAAGAGUGCGGUGGCAGCCCAGACGGCAUCCGGUGUACAGAGUGCGACCCGCCCUACCAGCCGGCUGGCUUCAAUAACGGAUGCGUGCGUGCACCAUGCAGCGACAGAAAUGGUCUAUGCGACCAAAUCUGUAGCACAGUUUCAGGAGUGGCACAAUGCGGGUGUAACACGGGCUAUCGACUUGCAUCAAAUGGCUAUUCUUGUACAGACAUCGACGAAUGUGUAGAAGGGACGUCACGGUGUGAGCACAACUGCACCAACAACCCCGGAUCAUAUGUGUGUAGCUGUGUGUCUGGAUUUCAACUAGAUACGGAUAGCCACAGCUGCGAGGACAUCGACGAAUGUGUAGAAGGGACGUCACGGUGUAAUCACAACUGCACAAACAACCACGGAUCAUAUGUGUGUAGCUGUGUGUCUGGAUUUACACUAGAUGCAGACAGACAUAGCUGCAAUGACAUCGACGAAUGUAAAGAAGGGACGUCACGGUGUGAGCAAAACUGCACCAACAACCACGGAUCGUAUGUGUGUAGCUGUGUGUCUGGAUUCAAACUAGAGGCGGAUAACCACAGCUGCAAUGUUGAGCCAUGCACGUUUGAUCCCAACACGCAGUGUAUCUGGAAAGAUGCCCCGUCUGGCGACGACUUUGACUGGACAAUGACCAGCGGUGAAACACCAAGCUCCGGGACAGGGCCGUCCAUGGACCACACCAUGAAAAACAACUUGGGAAAAUACCUGUUCAUUGAAACCAGCGGAUCCAGACAGACGGGAGACAGAGCCUGGUUAGUGAGUCCCCUACUACCUCCGGUAUCACAUCCGGAACGCUGUCUGCAGUUCUGGUACAAUAUGAACGGUCCUACCAUCGGAUUUCUGAGCGUCUUCAAGACGAGACAAGGUGAAGCGCCCGGGACCAAGAUCUGGGGAAUGUCCGGUGAUCAGGGACCUGAGUGGAAAAAUGCUUCUGUCACCGUGGCGUCAGCUGACCAGUACCAGUUGAUAAUUGAAGCGGUUGCUGGUAGCAGUUAUUUUGGAGACAUUGCCAUUGACGACAUCACGAUGUCCCCAAGUGCGUGCAAGCAAGAAUUGAAUCCUUGAUAUUGAUUCGCAUUUUUUAAUAUAAAACUGAAUUUAAUUAAAUGAACAUGAAAUCUCGUGUUUCGGAAAACAUUAGUGAACAUUUUUUUGAGUGAGAAACAUGCUAAUGAUCAAUACCCAAAUUCUGUUAGUUAACGUUUUUAUCCGAUUGAUUCGUGUAAAAUAAAAAACUUUUUCUGGAUUUAUACUUAAAUUAAGAUUCUUUUAUUGUCGAUCUUUAUGUUAAAAUAAGGUACAAUUUUUUAUCAUUACGAGGGAUUAUUCAAAUUCAUGGUAUUAAUUAAUAAUGGACAAACAUGAAGUCGAAUAUUUGUAGAAUUUGAGAGCGUGAAUAUAUUGUGUGAUUGAAAGCAUAUAUCGUGUUUGUCAGCCUUAACAUUAUUUAAAAACUUUUUUUCUUCAAUUUGUUCUAUACAAAAAUAUUGACAACACAACAAAAAUAUUGUAUCAGUUAAAGUUUGUUUAAAAAAAAAAGCAAAAAAUAAGAAUUUCGUCGUCGUUGAACAAUGUGGAUCUGGGCAAUAAAAUGAUUAUCUCCGUUUUGGUGUUAGGAUGGAACAUAUCGACAUAGAAAACUUAAUAACCUAUUACAGGAGUACAAAUCGAACCAAACAGAAAAUAUAUUUGCACGUGUAACCGUCAUACUGCGACGUAAAAGUAUAGGGUACGAAUGAAACUGAGCUAUUGAUAUGUUACGUUUACGACUUAUGGCCUUAUUGUUUAAGUGUGUAUAUGUAUUUCGUAAUAAAUUUACAUUUUUUUAAUAAGG